AGUCUUUUGUCGUGUGUUUUUGUGUGAUUUCGUGUCGGCUCAGACGCGCUCAGCAUUUCUUCCAAACCGCGCACAGACUGAAACGAGUGAUGAGCAGUUCCAGUCCGCGGCCGCCGCCACCGUCCAACGGCCUGUCGUCCUCCGGCAGUACGAGCAGCACGAGUAGCACCGCCAGCAACAGCACCACCACCACCACCACCACCAGCAGCAGCAGCACGCAGGCAGGAGGGCGACCCGUCUCGCUCACGACGCUGCUCGGCUUGUUCACCCACAACAACAACGCGUCGAACAGCUCGUCCGCCCAGCCGCAGCCAACACCGCCGCACCAGCACGAGCACAGCACGAGCAGCGCCAACAGCGUCAGCAGCGGCAGCAGCGACUCGGCAUCGAACGGCGCAGCAGCAGCAACGGGACACGGCGACGACAACUCGGCACAAGGACGUAGCUCCGGCAACGCCAUCCUCAGCCCUGCCAGCGUCCAGGCCAAGCUCGGCAAAGUCAAGCGCGCAUUCAGCACCCUCGUCAAACGAACCGACUCACCAUCCACAAGCCCAACAGGCGCUGCUGCUGCGGCAGGAGACACUCACACGACUGGGAACAGUCAUUCGCCAGUCACGAUUCUGCCGAACGGAACGCAAAUCACACUCGCGCCGCGACCAGGCAAUCUGCCCGUCAAGGACAAGGCUGAGGAAGACCGGCAGCGACGCCAGUUUGAGGUCAUUCUCGACAACGUCAAGCGGAAAGAAGACCAGGAGAACCGCAGGAAUGAAAAGAAGGACAAGCAGGUGGGCGAUCUCAUCACGCGGUGGACGACCGAAGUGCUGCCAAAUUGGAAGCACCAGAUGCGCACGUCGCGCAAGGCCGUGGAGGAACUCGUCUGGCACGGCAUCCCACCAAACGUUCGUGGAAAGGUGUGGCUGCUGGCCGCAGGGAACGAUCUGCAUAUUACCCCGGAUCUCUACCACAUCUUCCUCACCCACGCCAGAAACAAGCUGCGCGCAACCAACGACGAAGAGGGCGGCUGGGAGGUGAACGAAGAUGCCACUGCCGCCGCUGCUGCAGCCACCGCCAACGGCUCGGGCAGCGCCAUCUUGCACAACAGUCUCAGCCGCGAACAGAGCGUGCACCUGAUCUCGCUCGACGUCUCGCGCACCUUUCCACAUCUCUGCAUUUUUCAAAAAGGUGGUCCAUACUAUGACUCGCUCCGGAGCGUGUUGGAAGCCUACGUGUGCUAUCGCCCCGACGUUGGCUACGUUCAGGGCAUGUCCUUCCUCGCGUCCAUGCUCCUGCUGAACGUUGACGUGGUGGAUGCUUUCAUCUGUCUCGCCAAUCUUCUCAACCGCCCGGUUCAUCUUGGGUUUUACCGCAUGGACACGAAUGUGAUUUAUCAAUAUCUUAAUGUUUACCGAGUAUUGCUGGAAGAGCAUCUUCCGCAGCUUGCUGCCCAUUUGAAUCAACUCGGCCUCAAUCCGGACAUGUAUUUAAUUGAUUGGAUUCUGACGAUUUAUAGCAAGGCUCUUCCUUUAGACCUCGCCUCGCGCGUUUGGGAUGUGUAUAUGAUGCAUGGCGACCACUUUUUAUUCCGCUGUGCUUUAGGCAUUUUGAAAUUCCUCUCAGAUCAGCUUUUGAAGAUGCAAUUUGGCGACGUGGCCGACUUGCUCAUCCAUCUUCCUCAGGACAUGGACGUCGAUUUAUUAUUCCGCGACAUCAUGUCGAUUCCGCUCACCAAAUCGCGGUUUGACGACUUGCUUUCGAACGACUCGCUCCAUGAAGUAUUCAGCGCCCCUGGUGCUCUCUCUACCCCGAAUUCUUUCAUGGCUCGGUCCGCGAGCGCUCUUGGAACCGGGUAGUUUUCUUCUUUUUCUUUUUUUUUUCUUUUCAGCUUUUUUCUAUGCGACUGCGACCGCUGCUGCUCAAGCCGUCUCUGUCAUUUCGAGACCCGGCUAUCUCAUACUUUGUCCUCUUGAUUUUCUUUAUCUUCCUAGUCUCACGCUGGUGGCUCCUUUCUCGCAUACAUUCCACAAUACAUUGCUUGAUUUUUCC